UUUGCCCCACAGCCUUCCUCUCGCCAUGCUCAUCCUCACCAUCCAUGCGCUGACCUUUGCCGUGGGUCUCCCCGCCAACGUCUUCACCUUCCUCACCCUCCUCGCCAAAUUCCGAUGUCACCGUCCUCAUCCCCGUCUCACCGCCGCCGACCUCCUCCUCCUCCACCUCACCACCGCCGACCUCCUCGUCCUCCUCUUCCUCCCCUUCAAGAUGGCUGAGGCAGCUGCCAAGAUGGCGUGGCCCUUCCCCAUAGCACUCUGCCCCAUAGCGAACUUUUGCUUCUUCUCCAGCAUCUACCUCAGCACUCUCUUUAUGGCUGCCCUCAGUGUGGAGCGCUACUUUGGGGUCAUUUUCCCACACCGCUACAACCGGCGCCGGCGGUUAUGGCGGACGAUGGCUGCCAGCGCCGUCCUUUGGGUGGUGGCAUUGUCCCAUUGUUCCUUCAUCUUUGUGGCUGAGUAUCACCGAGAGUUUGUGGUCAAUGGAUCCAGGGGUUAUGGGGAAGGUGGAUUUGGGGUCAAUGGGAUUGAGACUGGGGGAUCCGGAAUGAGCAACCCCAAUGGUGUUGACCCCACUGGGCUGAAGAUGGACAGUUCCCGUUGUUUUGGGUUCAAUGGGUUUUGCAUGGGGGGAUUUGGAUUGAGCAAACCUAAUGGCAUUGACAUGGAUGUCCUCAACAACUCUACUGGUGACGUCACCAUUUCCAGGGGUUUGAUGAGCCCCGGAGUCGACAUCUACAGGAUCUCCAGCCCCGAGACUGACCUCAACAUCUCCACCCUCACAUUCUCUGCCUGCACAACCCCAAACACAACCCAUAUCCCCAUCACCACCCUCCGCACCUCCCAGAAAGCCUCUGUGACACAACCCCACCCGGUCUUCCACUGCUACGAUGACUUCUCCCAAACCCAGCUGAGCUUUGUCCUCCGACUGCGCCUUGAGCUCUUCUUCGUCCUCUUCCUCCUCCCCUUUGCCAUCACCGUGUUCUGCUACGUCCGCCUCAUCCGUGCCCUCCUCACCAGACCCCACAUCCCACUGCAGAAGAAGUACCGCACUGUGGGGCUGGCUGUGGCCACCAUGGUCAACUUUGGGGUCUGCUUUGCACCCUACAACCUCUCGCAUGUAGUGGGCUUCGUGCAGCAGCGCAACCCCGAGUGGAGGCCCUACGCUCUGAUCCUCACCACCCUCAGUGCCGCCCUUGACCCCUUUAUCUUCUAUUUCUCCUCCAGUGCUGUGCGGAGGGCGGUCAGUGGGGUGGUGGGGGCAGUUCGGGGCAAGAUGUGUGGGUUUUGGGGUUGGUGUCGGCAGAGGGAGUGAGCCCCAACCAGGAGGAGGUUAUGGGGUAAAUGGGGUUGUUGUGGGAGUGGUAGGUUUAAUGGGGUGAGAGGUCAGAAAUGGGGAUGGGUCCGGUGUCUGUGGGGUCAGCGUGGCCCCAUGGAUGUGUCCAAUGUUUGUGAGGUCAAUCAACGCUGAGUCAGUGUUGGGAUGUGCCAUGGGGCUGGUGUCAACAUGGACCCAUGGGUGAGGUCAGUGGGGUCACUGAGGUCCCAUAGAUGUGAUCAAUGUGGUCAGUGCAGGACCAUGAGCGUGACUUAAUGCUGUCCAUGAUGUCCAGAGGGGUUGGGGUCAGUGUGGACCAAUGGAUCUGAUCCAACGUUUCUUUAUUCACAAUGCCCUCCAUUCCUGCAAACUCCCCAGAGUCCCCAAGGCUUCCAAUCCUCCCAGUGCUCCCAGAGCUCCCAGUGUCCUGACAUCUGUCAGUAAGUUCAGGGCCACCUGCACUUCAUGGAAACCUCUCAGCACACACACCCUCUCUCUAGGAAAGGCGGCUGUUCCCAGGUCAGAGGACAUCUGGAGCCUCAAAGCAGAGUCCCAGCACCCCACAGCCACCAGGAGAUGCCCUGUACCCUGUAGGGCUGAUCAUAGGUGCCACUACAAGGCUGAAGUGCUAAUUAAAACUUAGCCAGCAGCCAUGUCUUUGUCUGUCAGUUCCUGACACAGGUCUCGGUUGUAGGUUCGUGUUCCACCAGAAGUGCUGGCGCUGUGGGAGUGGGACAGUCCUCUGGGGAGGGAAUCUCAAAGAGUUCUCCUUUGGGGUGUAUAUGGAGACACAGGAAGAGGUUUGUGGGGCCCCAUCGAGGUGAAGGAAGUUGGUUGGUUUCUGCCAUCGCUGGGGGACGAUGUGCCCCUGGGCGAUGACGAGCAAUGGCCGCUGGUGGAAGUGUCGGCUCUAAUGGCAUCUUGCCAUUGGUGCUGCUCCCCAGGAGGGUCAGGAAAUGGGGUGAGGGACUUUGAGCUGAGAAGCGGUGCGGCUCUGCAGAAGGGUUGCAGGCUUGUUGUAAAAGCGCUCCCGGUGACGGUCUGAGGAAAGGACAGUGAUAAAGAGAAGGAGAGGAGGAA